AUGACAAGUGUACAACCUCGUGAGGCAUCGACUGGAGAUAGCAAGGUAAAUCAGAAACUUCUUGAGGACUAUUUCGCUAACAAGAAUCUCAGAUCUUUCAUUAAAAAAGCACACAAGCUUGUCAAAGGCGAGAUAAGUGAUGAAGAAAUUGAUUUGGAAAUUGGACCGCAGCAUUCAUCAGUCAAUGGAAUAAUAGAUGGUUUUAGUAAAAUAUUGUUAGAAAAUGAAAAAAUUGGUCGUGCGGACGUGGAUUUACAAAUUCAUCUCACGAAUGUCAAAGACAGAUCACGCUGUAAAAAUACCGAUUGUCGCGGUAUGGAUGAACGCGGUGGGCGAAUUUUACGUCGGUGA